GGCUCCGUGUCCGGUUUUAAACCCACACGUGGUCAGCGUCUUGCGCUUGUUUAGCACCCCUCUCCCCUUACCAGAAACUUCUAAUCGACUCAUGCCACACACUGGGCCGCGUCUAUCGCUGUGGAAGCGGAUAGGAGCACGUUGAGAGCUCAGCGAGAACCAUGCCGUCUUACCACCUCGACCAAUUCGCUGGCCUGGACGAGAUGAUGUGCAAGAAAUUACUGAGUCUGGACCUGAGGGAGCAGGACAGCCCACUGUCAUCACUCAGCCUAGCAAUGAAGACACCGGGCUACAUUGGACGACAACGUAGCUGCGACACGUCCUUGUCUCUUGACAUCAGCCCACCAGACAAUGUCUAUCUGUCCUCUUCUAUUUGGGGGCAAAGGCCAGAGAAGCACCAGGCUUGUGUUCCUCCCAGUUCUAGCCAGUGGCGAAAGCAACACUUCCUGUCACAGCGCUCAUUCAGUAUGGUUGAGACGUGCAGAGCGACAGCAGCAAAUCUGGGCUGGCCUGAUUCAGAUGUGAAGGACCCUCAAGAAGGCUUCAGCCCCACCCUGCUGAACACCAACAUGUCAUCCACCUCUGCCACUUCUUCCACCCGCUACAAAACAGAACUAUGCCGUUCCUUCACAGAGAACGGUAUGUGCAAGUAUGGUGGGAAGUGCCAAUUCGCCCACGGGCCCGAGGAGCUGCGAGAUCUCAGCAGGCAUCCAAAGUACAAAACUGAACCAUGCCGCACCUUCCACACCAUAGGCUUCUGUCCUUAUGGGAUCCGCUGCCACUUUGUCCACAACAACGAGGAGGAGAAAAAUCACUUGCGCAGCUCCUCUGCCUCUUCAGGCUUUGCACCCCUGUCUCUUCCUUCCUCACGCUCUCACAGAAUCCCACUUAUCAGACAGAGCGUCAGCUUUGCAGGGUUUCCCUCAGCUUCCCAGCAAAGCCUUGCUUCUCAUCCCCCCACUGCUUCUUACUCACGAGCGCCAUCUGCUUCUCCCCCUUGUGCUGAUAUCACCGAUCUCCUCUCUAGCGUCUUCUUGGAGAUGGACUCGCCUACCUUUGAGGCCUCGCCUAACCCUCAGUACCAACCCCCUACUGCUGCAGAUCAACACCCUCCUUUCCUCCCCUCCCCGGACUCUGGCUGUUCCCCUUCUGGUCUUUCUCCCUCUGCAUCCCCAUCCCUGAGGCAGAGCCCUGGAGCUUCUGCGUUCUUUUCACAGUCACUCGACACAAGAUCCCUGUCCUAUACCUCUCUUUCAGAUCAGGACCAGGAUGGGAGCAGCUCUGCUAGCUCGCUUAGCGGAUUGGAGUCCUGCAGCGGCAUGAAUGACGGGAAACGCCUCGCCGUAUUUAGUCAGCUCUCUGUUCCUGAGGACGCUGCUGGGAUCUGCCUUUAGGCUUUACCCACACACAAACACACCCUUUAACACAGUGGCCUACACAUACCCAAAUUCUCCCCAUAUCUAAAUGUUACAUUAAUUGCCAUAUUGUGGAAAUGUACAGUAUUCCCAAGCUUAAUAAUAGAAUAGAAAAGAAAGAUCGAUGGGAGUGAAGUGCUAACAGUCCAACUGAGAUUAUUUUCAAAGCCAAAGACCUUGCAUUUUGUAGUUAAAUGUUAAGUAUGGCGGUAUCAGGACCACCGUGUGGCCUAAUGUUUAAGAAGCACUGUAGUGUAUUGUUUUAUAAGCUGCUAUUUCUGCCAAACAGUGCAGUCCGAGGUUAUGGUUGGGUCAUUGGCCUCAAAUCGGAGGCUUUAAAGCUCGUUGUUGUGUUUUUAAACAACUUGAAAGUACCUGUAAUGUUGCAGGUCAUGUUGAACAGUUUGCUAGUUCGUUCCUGAUUGUUGUGAUGAGGGAGUGUGUCUUGUAUUUCUUUGGCCUCAUGUUAAAACUGUUGCUCCACCUGUCAAGCUUAAUAAUGACGAAACGAGGCCUAAAGUCAGUAAUAUUAAAAGGAAACACAUUAAUCAGAUGUUACGGCAAUGCUGGUUUACUGAUUGAUAUUUGCUGACAAUAGUAAUAAUAAGCCUGGAGAUUGGAAUUAAUCAGUCAGAGGGACCUAACAAUCUUUUAACCAGAUACCAUCACGCUAGUUUAUUUCCAAUAGGACAAAAAAAAAAAAAAAAAAAAAAAACACCA